CGUCAUUUUGAAAGAAAAAGUAAAUGUCCAUGGUUAUUUCCCGGGUUUAAUCAAGAUUAAUCGACUUUCGUUUUAGUAGAGCUAAUGCGCAUUAACUAAAUAUAUGUGGCCGAGUAUAGAUGCCUAAAAGGAAUAUAACAAAUCCGAGAGUAUGAGUCUUCAACUACUGACAGUUCCGACAAAACUGAAUGCCCUAUCAUUGAAAUUGGGCUACGAUGCUGAUAUCCAGAACAAUAUCAACAGGAUUUCGGCAAAAACCAGUACUGCUGCAAACUCCUUUAAAGCAACCAUGACUAACGAAGGAAGUCAGGUUUUAGUCAAUAAAUCAAUGUUAAUGACGUCAUUGUCUCCAAGUGACGUCAAAAUCACAAAUAUGAAGAGUUCAUUGAACGCUGCAACACGAGCGUUGCAAGCAAAUAAGAAGCAGGUCAUCAGUCUUCAGACAGAUAUUCACAGCAACGUCGAAUCAUGUAGAGGACGGAAGACAGCGCAUGAAUCAGAACUGACCACAAAGCGUACAAGAAUAUCAACCAUUCGGUCUGAAAUAGAAAGUCUAGAAACCAGUAUACAGGCACAUGAUACCGAGGCUUCUACUGUAGAAAAUGGAGCAGCAGAAUUAGACAAAAGGGCUCAUGAUAUUAGACAGGCUGCUAGGAGGAAACGAAAGAGAGCUGGACUCGGGGGCAUCAUUGGUGGAGUUGUUGGUGUGGUGUUCGCGCCAUUUACAGGUGGAGCCAGUCUAGCACUGGCGACAGCUGCUGCGGGUAUUAACGCGGGGAUCAACAUCAAUGAUGCUGAUGAUUGCGACAGAAAUGCUAGACGUCUUCGGGAUGAGGCAGCAACAAAGAGAAACCAUGUUCAAACACUACGGUCGAAGAAAGCCUCUCUUGAUGGCCAAAAAGCAUCACUGGAAUCUGAAAUUGCAAAAUUGCAGAACAGCACAGAUAAACUAAAUGAAGCAUCACGAGUUCUGCAGGAAGUGACUGAUUUCCUACGUAGGUCAAUAAAUGAUAUUGACAAUGUCCUGAACGUUUUCCAGAACAUGGACACUGCAAUGGCUGAAGCUUUACUACAGACAGAUUCAUUUAAGAUUAUCCAGAACGCAUUUGCACAACAACCGGAAAAACUUGGCUCUCGUGCACAAGUUUACCUGGAUCAACUUAAGGGAAAAUGGACACAACUUGAGACUGUACUUUUGCAACAUGGUGCCAAAAGCAUUUCAUGUUAGACGUGCAAAAAGUUGGAACAUAAUAAAAAAUGUGAAGCACAGCAUAUUAGACUACAAGAUCAUGUGAUGACAAAGACCAUGUGAUGACAAUUUUGAAAAGCAUGUAAUGUUAGACUACAAGACCAUGUGAUGACAAUUUUGAAAAGCAUGUAAUGAUAGACUACAAGAUCAUGUGAUGACAAUUUUGAAAAGCACAUUAUGUUAGACUACAAGAUCAUAUACUAACAAUUUUGAGCAGACAUAAAUCUGUGUAUCACCAAGUGCAGUUUUUGAUCAUAAUCUAGGAAAAGGCUUGUUGUUAAUUUUGUUUUUCUGUAACUUUCAUUUGUGCAUUUAUUAUACAUGUACUAAUAAAUAAAACUAACGAUAAGCAAUAAAAUCUCUUAAAAAUGUA